CCAUUCAAUAAUAUUCAAUUCUGUUUUUUUUUUUUUUUUUUUUUUUCCUUUUCAUCCUCCAACAUCCAUUUUCUUCAUCCUCUUGAGUUGUAAGCUUCAGUUCUCACUGCAAUCAAUACAACAACACUUCAUACUUCUCUUUUCCUCCUCUUGCUAUACGUCUGAACAAUUCCAACAACCUUCGGUUUUCUCUCUCUGUCUCUUCCUAUAUCUCCGAAGCUACUCCCUCCCUAGGUUUACUUUCCGUCUUCCUCAAAACUCCGGCGAAACCACCGUACCACUCCUCCUCUCGCCGCCGUUCUCUCAUCUCCAGUGUUGUGUCGUCGUCCACUUCCUCCGCCGUUCCUAAGGCUCCUCCAAAGGAGAAAUUUGUCUCCCGAUUUGCGCCUGAUGUGCCGCGAAAGGGAUGUGAUGUCCUCGUAGAAGCUGAAGCUCUGCAGCUGUUCGCUUAUCCGAUCCGAGAGGAGCCUCCCUGGAGAUUCAUCAACCACUCACUCGCUCUAAGAUCAUCCGAAAUGUCCUCCCCUGUCACGAGCAAUACGGGCGCGCUACCGGCUUUCCCCAAUUUGAAGGAGCUGGUUCUGGUCUGUUGCGAAGAAUUUGGGAGCAGUGGACUUGCUACCGUUGCCUGUGAGUGCAGCAGGAAAUUAAGGGUGGUUGAGUGUGAUGUUAAAGAUGAUGAAAUGGAUUGGAUUUCAUGUUUCCCAGAGACUAAAACAUGUGUUGAGUCUUUGAUGUUUGAUUGCGAAGUGAAUUUUCAAGCAUUGGAGCAGCUGGUGAUGAGGUCACCUUGUUUGAAGAAACUUAGGUUGAAUGGGCAUGUUUCCAUUGUGCAGUUGAUGGUUGGAGCUCCACAGCUUACCAAUCUGGGUACAGGUGCCUCAGAAGAGGAGGCUGAACUAGAACUCGAUUAUACUUGUGCUUUUGCAGCAUGCAAAUCAUUAGUAGUUUGUCUUUCUGAAUUCAGGGAAAUUCUUGCACAUUAUCUGCCUGCUAUAUAUCCAGUUUGUACCAACCUGACCUCUCUUAAUUUCAUCAGUGCUGAACAACUCAAACUGCAGAUUUGAUGGGUGCUUGAGUAGCUGCAACAUGUAAGGAUCUCUCUCCGAGAGCUUCGAGUUUUCCCUGUUUCUGAGCUAGGGUUGCAGGAAUGGAAACUUCAAUCCAUAUUAUAUUUGUCAAAGAAGUGCCCGGAUCUUGAGGUGUGCAUAAUGGGGCGACACAGGCCUGACCACCUUACUGGUGAACCAAUGGAUGAAGGAUUUGGUGCAAUUGUUAAGAACUGUUGGGGUUUUGCUGGAGAUAGUGAGUUGGGGCUAAAGUAUAGUAUGUGGUUGAGGGUUGCCCUAACUUGAGAUCAGAGACUGUCCAUUUGGAGAUUCAGCUUUGCGUUCUGGCAUACAAUAUGAGAUUUAAUUUGUUUGGCGCGUAUCCCUCAGCAGCGAAGAUGUGACGGGGGAGGACAUUUCGGAGGAUCUUAGAGCGAGUGAGUGGUUGAUGAAUCUCCAGAGCUUCUACGAGGACAUCACAUCCCUUCCCUUUCGCGCCUCAUCAGCCGCAAAUCGGGAGAUGAAUUUCUCAUUUGAACGGCUGAGGAAGUGGACGAAGACACAACACGGGAGAUGAGAGGAAGGAAGAAGAGGAGUGGUGGUUUCGCCGGAGUUUUGAGGAAGACGGAAAGUAAACCUAGGGAUGGAGGAGAGAGAAGUACGACCGGAGACGGCGGCGGAGAAGGAAGGCUUAGGAGUAGCAGCAGCGGAACGGCCAUAUUUCCGCCCGUUGCCUGCAACGGCAUCUUUGUAUUUUUUUUUUAAAUAUAUUUUGCUUAUAUAUAUAUAUAUAUAUGUUAGCAUGAAAUACUUUUAUUAAUUAUAAUUAUUUUUUUAUUAAUUAAUUUCAA